AUGAGGAACUGGGGGUGUAGCUUUUGCCUCACCUCGGUCGUUGGUGCAUUUUGGGCUUUGGGUGUCGAGGCGGCCGACUACAGAAGACAUGAUGGCGUUCAUCGUAUUGAGAAGGAGGCGCAAAUCACACAGGCAGCGGGUCUUGGUCGACGAGCCGAAGCGCAAUGUGCGACGAGUAUGAAAUUAUGCCCUUCGAGUUUGGACGGAGGAUGUUGCCCAGAAAACUAUGAUUGCGCCAAAGAGAGCUGUCAAGCGACAACGAAGGGACCCUCGACGUGUGGAACAAAAAUAGGCUGGCAUGUUUGCGCUCCGGUCUAUGGAGCUAGCCAGUAUUUAUGUCCGUCAUCGCUGAGCUACGGCUGCUGUCCGAAUGGAAUGGCAUGCGGCGUGAACCAGUGUUACUCUUCCGAUCCUGUAACUGUCACAAGUACUAUGGUCAUUACAACGACAAUAAGGGGGGAGCGAACAACUUAUAGGACAACAGCUGUGACCGUCGAAACACCAACAGCUCCUACGGCUCUCCCGACGGUAAAUGCUGGCGAAGAUAACGACCAGGCAGUUCUAAAAUACUUCCCUUCGUCGAUCCCCAAAGUCAGCCCAACGAGCUCAUCUGACGAUGAUAACGGCGACAAAGGAGGCCUUUCAACUGGCGCAUUGGCUGGUAUUAUUGCCGGCUCUGUGGCUUUCUUAAUUAUCGUAUUAGUGGCGGCAUUUAUCAUCAUCCGCCAUCUGAACAAGGUUGUUGCCGCUGUCGCCACACCAAAAACAUCAGACAGAUCCAACGGCUCAAAUAGCCAAUCUCGACAGACCCGACAGUACAAGACAGCAGACUCGGCCGUUGAUGAACUAAGCAUCGAUCCAUUGAUACAUCCGUCACUGAUACCUCCACGACCGCAAAACCCUGGCCCUGAUUCUGCAGCAACUUCACCAUUCGGCCUCGCCAGCGCAGAUCACAGUUCUAAUGAGCCUACGCCAGGAGGGAACGGUUACCACGCGGUACCGGGAAGCGGCAACACCAGCAGACAUGCUAGUUUCGAUGCAAUGGGUAACAGGGACGAUUACUUCAGCGCCGUAGCUGCAGGCGAACAACAUCGAAUGAGCCAUAUCUCUAGACUUACUGGAUCGACGAGGAACCGUUCAAGUACAGAUUCACACGGGACGUACACCCAUGUUCGGAACUACAGUAAUGCUUCUGAAGGAUCCGAUGGUUCCCCUGGAGUGAUGGCAGGUGCUCAUCCUACGGCAGAGCUAGAAGCAACACCGUACGUACCAGAACUGCCGAGUUCUCCAUCGUCUGUGGUGUUCCCAAGAGAUGAAAGGCGAAGGUCAUCAGGCAGUAUUGCCAGUGUCCCGAGCCGACCUCCUGUAGCUCAGCGUCAGUCGGGUGGACCACGAAUACGAAGUGAUUCUCUGGGUCAGAGUAAUCUCAGUAUUGUGAACGAAGAAAUGCAUGGAUUCUAUGGGCCAAGCGAGCACCUCGUUGGUCAAACGGACAGCCACCGGCCAGGAACUCGAGGCUCGGGUAACAGGCAACCAAAUGCACCUAUGGAACAUCCACGACCUGUGGCUGAAGAGCCUUGA